GCUCAAAUAAAAAUGGCGUCAACCGCGAAGGCGAGGGUGUUGCUAUCCACCAGCUGAUUACUGCCUUUCAGACGACAAAGGAGAUAAACACCGAAAGGAAGUCGCAGUGGAGUAGCUGAUAGCUGAAAUGUAAGUAUUCCUCAUAGGAAAAUUACCUAAAGAAGGAGAUACUAUUGCACUUUUGGUUCUGAAGCCGCUAAACGAUUCGUCUUGGAUGCCCGGGCCUGGAUGUGGUGUAUUUAACAACAUUCGCUCUUGUUUCCGGUCUAAGUGUCAAAGACGAAUGUUAUUAUAUGCUGGCUACCAAUUGAUAAAAAAAAAACGCAACACUUCGUUUUGACGUCAAUAACAAGAUGAGAGAGCUUCUCUUCCAAUGCAAUCUUCGACUUCCGCCUUUAAUAACUGGCAUUCUGUUAAACCAGGGGCUGUAGUAGUCGGAAGAGGCCUAGAUCAACCGUAUUAAGUCUAUUUAACAAAAUAGUUAUCAAGCCUUUCAAAAUACGUUGUUUCGCCUUCCUGUUCAUGAAAUGGAGAAAACAGGGCUACAUUUCUUCUGUAAUAUAUGUCGAUUGUAGUAUCACAUGCCUGGGUUGAUCAGAUUGAGUCAGGGGGGAGGGCCGGGAACUGCUAAAGUUAACUGUAUGGAUACUUGCUGUUCAGGGAUGGAGUUUUGACGUAAGCAGUACAAUUUUUGUAGAAGUGGUUUGCAAAGUGCAACUGAACAUUGUGUUUAAUGGGCUGAGGGUUCCAGACUUCCAAAGGCACAGAAAUGGAAAUUCAUGUUUCCCUUGCAUUAAGAGCCCGGUCAGACCAGGGUAGACCGGGGUCAAAGCCUGGUGCAAAAGCCUCGCUUAGCCCAGCCAUAGGCUGGGCUGGCCAAGCGAUAAAAAUGCGGGGAAGCCGCGGCUAGCCCGGCCAAUACCAUAACAGAGCGAAUGGCCUGGCUUGUCCAGGCUAGCUGGGGAAACCGUGGCCAGCCCGGCCAAUACCAUAACAAUAAUAUUGAUAAUAUUAAUGAUAAUAAUAAUAAUAAUAUUGUGCUUUACAAUGACAAGUAAACCAUGGCUGAAGUUUAAAAGCCAACUUGACAAUAGCCUUUUUGUUAUUGAAAGGUGAACAGGUAGGGAAGGGGGGCAAAAGAAUCUUUAAAAUCUCACAAUGAAGUCGAGCUGUAGUUUUAAUUAUAUCUUCUGCAUAAAUUUUUAAUUGAUCAAUUCUAUGAUCGGUUGGUAUCUUGCCCCAUUAGUUUGAUUUGACUGGUGUAUAAUAAAAUACAUAUGAUAUCUAUCAGUGUGCAAAGAAAGUUGUGUCCGAUAGCCCGGGCAAGUGGAUAUUGCUAUUGGGCUAGUGAAUUCUGUUCUUAACUUGACCGACGGGCAAGUGCUGUUUUUGGGGAAAUUCAAAUUACAGAAGGAUAAUUGUAAUCAAUCCUGCCAAUCGAAAAGGGUUUUGGGGAUAGUUGAAAUGUCCUUGUGUGCUAGUAUACGUGCUCACACCCAAAUGGCAGGCUGUAAAACUGACUUUCUUUACACCAUGUCUGUAUUUUUAAAAAAAGUAAAGCUCAGUGAAAAAGUGUUGAAGUGUGACCGGAUGUGUUUGUGAAAAAAAAAAAAAAAGAAGACAGUGAAAAAUAAAUUCAUAAAUUCACUGUGAAGUUUAUGCAUUGAAAUACAAGGUUUAGAGGCAAAUGAGAUUUCAUUUCUGCUCUCCACUUAAAGGAGCCUAAAACAAAGCUAAUAACUAACUUAAAUAAAUCCAAAAACUGUCUGGGGCUGCUAAAGGCAUGGGAAUGUAAACAAACAGCAUUUGUUUGGCAGUUGAGACAAAGUUUUGUGAAUGCGACAGGUUUUUGCUAAGUAAAGGUCAAGCAUAUCAGAGUGUCCACUAAGAGUUACGAGCUUCCAUGAUACAAUCAGUAACUUCUGAAUUCAACAUAUUAAAUUAUUGUUUUGGAAUUUUCAAAACGUGUUCUUUGACAAUGCAAACUGAAGGAGCCAUGAACUUGAUGUAAUAAAUAUAUUUUGGAACAAGUAAUCCCUAUGUCUGCUUAUAUAAGUGGGAAGCAUGUGGCUCCUUAAUUAAGGGUUGCCCCAGCCUAACUGCAAGCUCAGAUUUGUUUUUGACCCCCAUGUAGUCCCCAGUUCAACUCUUUGGCUAAUUGCUUGUGUAUGCAGCCAACUCUGGUUUGUCUCUGCUGGUGGCUAGUUGGGAGUCUAAUGUUUGUUUAAUUGUGGGUGGGUGCUCUAUCCACUUGAGCUGCGGAGAACUCAUGGAGAGCAAGGCCAUUAUACUAGGCUCAUAUUUGACACGCGUUCUGCAUACUGAAAGGAUCAGAAAUGUCGAUGUCGCACUGUGUGGUGAAAGAAUGAAAGAUGGUAAAUUUUGACCUCAGUGAAACAAAUGUGAAAAUUAAUUAAUCAGCAUGUCACCAGCCUGGGACAAAGAAAAAAUCUGUGAGUCCCAAACAAGAUUCGAACCAGAUGACCUCCAAAACACCGGGCGGACGCUCUAUCCACUUGAGCUAUGGAGUUCUAGAGUGCCCGCCUGGUGUUUAGGAGGUCCUAGGUUCGAAUCCUUUUAGACACUCAGAUUUUUUCUUUGUUCCAUGUUCGCGACAUGGCGAUUAAUUAAUUUUCAUAUUUGUUUCACCGAGCUUAAGUGGACAUAGUUCACCCCAUCCCCUCCCCCACUGUGUAGUUACAUUUUUUUGUAGAAAUGGCACACAUAGUCAUUUUGUAGCCAUGAACAAAGUGAUCUACACUUUCAUCUGAGCUCCUUUACUAGAGUUGCUUACGCAACGAAGCAACUGUAAUGGUAGAACCAGAAAGCAGUAAAAUUAUAGAUGGGACUAUUUUGACAGAGUGACAACAUUUUUUAAUGUAAGAGAAUACUAAUGAUUAUUGUUUUGGAUAAAAGCCCCAUCUGACUUUACAACUUAUUUAACAGAACGCACUAUUAAAGUGUUUAAUAUCCUUCUUUACAUUACCAGUAACCACUAGCAGGUUCUUUUUCUUGUAGUGAAGUGGAAUACCAUUUCAUCCAAAACGUCAACCAUUUACAUUAAAAAAGCUGUCACUUCCUUUUAAAUUAUUUUCUAGUUGAUGACCUAACAUACCAGUAACAGUGACAUGACAAAAUUAUCACUGUAUAUUUAUUGAAAUAUUACCGCAGACAUUUGAAAUUAUUUAUUACAUAUUUUAUUCAGCUUCACAGCCUCUUGUUUUUUUAGUUCUAACCCGGUAAACCUUUGGACAAAAUUAAUGACCAUUCACUAUUCCUGUCCAUGACAGCAUGCUGAUACCAGACAGCUAUUGUACAAGCGUAGCCCAGCCACAAAUGCAUCAAUAGAAUUCUUUAUUGGAGCAACCCAAAAUCUAGUUAAUUUAUGUUGCUUUAUUUAUAAGCUGAGCCACUGAAAUAUCAAAACACUGGGCUUACUCUAAGGUUGUCUUUAAUAUCUUUUACAUGAGAGCCUUUUUCUGUUGAUACUGAGUUACAAGUUCUUAUUAAUAAAGUUAAUGUUUGUUUGAUUUUUGCUUUCAGUCAUCGCUCAUGGCAGCCUCUUCUGAUCAAGAAUUGGAAUUUGAAAAACAGAAAUCAAGUAGCGACACAGUAUGUUAAGCCUCUCAUUACUCAAAAGCUGUCAAUUAUUCUUCUUUUUAUACCAUAUCUUUAGUAACCACUGACACAAGAUUUAGAAGAAAUGUUUACGUAAUAGUUUUUUUCCCUUUAAAGCUCUUCAAACUUAGACAAUCAAAAAACACAGUAUUUCUUUUGUUCUUGUUUGAACCUAAGAGCCUAGACUCAGAGUAGGCAUAAUAGGGGCAUAGGGUGGUAAAUAGGAGACUUAAUUUGAUCUGGCUGGUCAUCAUGUUCGACCAUAGGUAGUUAGGAUUUUGUUGGACAUAGGAUAGUUAAUAUACACUUAAGCUAGGUCCACGACUACAAGAUAUUUGAAACCAUUGUUUCAAAAUUUAAGACUUUGAGACGGUCAUGAUUCCGAGAGAGCCCAAGAAACUGAGAAUCUUCAUUACUGGAUAAACCAGUCCAUUCGACAGGUAUAAUACGGUGCAGUGAAACUUCUCAGCAAACAAUAAAUUAUAUGAAAGUAAUAAAAUUUGGGCUCGGUUAGCUUUUGAUGGUGAUUUAAUCUUUUUUUUGCAGGCUAAAAAUUGUCCUCAGAUCACCACCUCAAGCACUUCACUUGUAGAACCAGGUCAAAGUGACGGUUUUUCUGCCAGGUCAUUACUAAAAGUUACCCUUCUGGGAAGUGAGUGGAAUUCCUCAGAAGGUGGCUUGUCAACAUUAAAUAGAGAACUUGCAAUUUACCUUUCAAAACAUCCCAAAGUGGAAGUGACAUUGUUAGUUCCUGAAGGAGUUUGUAAAGAUGAUGAGAAAAGAGAAGCUGGAAACUAUGGAAUUACCAUCGUUGAAGCAAAGGAACAAACAGGGUAUGAUCCCCUUGACUGGUUAAUAUCCCCACCUAAUGACCUCAGCAUCGAUGUCAUCAUUGGGCAUGGUAAGAAACUUGGCCGGCAAGUCCAAGGAAUACGAAAUUGUGCGGAAUUUAAGAAUUGUAAGUGGGUACAAGUUGUACAUAUUGCACCAGAAGACCUUGGCAAAUUCAAAGACUACACUAAUCCUACUUCUAAAGGUGAACGAAAACAUCAAGUUGAAGUUGACCUUUGUAAGCGUGCUGAUCUUGUCAUGCCUGUUGGACCCCGACUGACAGAAUUUUACUCUUCAAAUUUACAACGCUACAAAAAGGAAAUGGACGUGCUUUCAUUCACUCCAGGAGCUUUUUGA